UGUGAGUUUAGAGUUUUGUGAAGCAACAUUAUUUACUAUUGUUUUGCACUAAGUUUGUGCAGACAAAAAAAUCAUUUCGCUGAACUAUGAUACCCAUCUUAUGUGUUCUAUUGUUAAAUUGGUUUGUUUUUUAGAUUUGCACAAUAUCCUACAUUUUUCUUUGUAACAAUAUUUUGUUUUUUAUAUUAUAAAGAUGGAAAAAGUUGUGCAUUAUUUUAAAAAACCUGGUUUAUCCACUAACAAUGAUGACUUGUUGAUAUCAAAGGUAAAGGCUUUGCACAAAGAGAUUGAUAUUUCUGUAGAAACAGAAUUAUGUUACAAUGUUUCUAUAAAUUCAAUUUUAUCUGAAACCGAUAAAAACAAAUUGGUUUUCCUUUUAUCGGAAUGUUUUCAAGAGGGAAAUCUUUCAGAAGAAUCAUGGUUAGAGAAUAGCAACAAUUGUAUCUUAGAAUUUGGUCCAAGGCUAAACUUUGCUACUUCGUUUUCAACUAAUGCUGUGUCAAUUUGUCAUGGUAUUGGUUUGAAGCAGAUUUCAAGAAUAGAAUUAUCGCGUCGGUAUGCCUUAAAAAUAAGUGACAUAAAUAAAUCAUAUGAUAAAGUUAUAAGAGACAUUUCAGGACUUCUUCAUGAUAAAAUGACAGAAAUGAGAUACAAAAAAAGCCUAGAAUCAUUUUCCAUCAAUAUAGAUCCUGAGGAAGUGUAUGAAAUUAACAUUAUGAAUGAAGGAAAAAAGGCACUGGAGUGUGCAAACACAAAAAUGGGUUUAGCUUUAGAUAAAUGGGAUUUAGACUAUUAUACAAAUUUAUUUAAGAACAAGUUAAAACGCAACCCAACAAAUGUGGAAUGUUUUGAUCUUGCUCAAUCAAACAGUGAACAUUGUCGACAUUGGUUUUUUAAAGGAAAAAUGAUAAUUGAUGGUGAAGAAAUGAAUAAAUGUUUAAUGGAAUUAGUAUGUGAGACACAGAAAACAACUAAUGACAAUAACAUAAUUAAAUUUUCAGACAAUAGCAGUGCCAUUAAAGGCUACAAAAUUUCAACACUGAUUCCUGAGGACCCCACAUCAGCAAGUUCAUACAAGAAGAGCAAUAUAUUACGUCAUAUCUUAUUAACUGCUGAAACUCAUAACUUUCCAACUGGUGUGGCUCCAUUCCCGGGUGCUACCACCGGUACAGGUGGGAGAAUUAGAGACACUCACGCAGCUGGUAUAGGUUCUCAUGUAGUUGCUGGGACUGCAGGAUAUUGCUUUGGAAAUCUUCAUAUCUCUGGAUAUGACUUGCCUUGGGAAGAGAACUUUGAAUAUCCUCACAAUUUUGCGUUGCCCUUAGAAGUAGCAAUAGAGGCAAGUAAUGGUGCUUCAGAUUAUGGAAAUAAGUUUGGUGAGCCUGUUAUUUGUGGUUUUGCUCGUUCAUUUGGUAUGUUACUACCAGAUGGUGAAAGAAGGGAGUGGAUUAAACCAAUCAUGUUCAGUGGUGGCAUUGGUUCUAUUGAUAAUGAUCACGUAAUGAAGAAGCAUCCACAAAUUGGUAUGAAAGUUUUGAAAGUUGGAGGUCCUGUGUAUCGUAUUGGUGUUGGUGGAGGAGCAGCUUCGUCAAUACAAGUUCAAGGUGAUAACGCGGAGGAGUUGGAUUUUGGUGCUGUACAACGUGGAGAUGCUGAAAUGGAACAAAAAUUAAAUCGACUUAUCAGAGCUUGUAUCGAAAUGCGAGAAAACAAUCCGAUAUGUAGUAUACAUGACCAAGGUGCAGGUGGAAACGGAAAUGUGUUAAAGGAGAUUUGUGAACCUGCUGGUGCAUUGAUCAAGGUGAGCCAGUUUCAACUUGCUGAUCCUACAUUAUCGGUGCUGGAGAUAUGGGGUGCAGAAUACCAAGAAAGUGAUGCUAUCUUAAUCGAAGAGAAAAAUGUUGAUAUUUUGAAGAAGAUUGGCGAAAGAGAAAAAGUAGAGGUGUCAUUUGUGGGCGAUAUAACAGGUGAUGGGAAAGUCAUAUUAGAAGACACAAGAAGUUGUAAGGAUGAAAAGAAUUAUGAUAAGGAGAUGAUAAUAUCUAAAGCAGUUGAUUUGCCGCUUGAUGUUGUUCUUGGAAAGAUGCCUCCCAAAACCUACCAUUUAAACAGAAUAAAGAAAGCACUCUCGCCAGUGUGUUUACAGCCUGCUCUCACUGUGCGCGAUGCGUUGGAAAGAGUUUUAAGACUACCAUCGGUGGCAAGCAAAAGAUAUCUAACAAACAAGGUUGAUCGUUCAGUAACAGGCCUUAUUGCACAGCAACAAUGUGUUGGACCACUUCACACUCCUUUAGCUGAUGUUGCUGUUACGGCGUUGUCACAUUUUGACACUGUUGGAGCUGCUACGUCCAUCGGAGAACAACCUAUUAAAAUGUUGGUCGAUGAAAAGAAAGGUGCAAGACUGACGGUUGCCGAGGCUUUUACAAAUUUGAUGUUCGCCAGUAUUACAGAUAUUAGAGAUGUGAAAUGUAGUGCAAACUGGAUGUGGCCUGCUAAGCUAAAUGGAGAAGGAGCUCGUAUGUUUGACGCCUGUAAAGCCAUGUCGGAUUUGCUCUCCUCCCUUGGUGCUGCAGUAGAUGGGGGAAAGGAUUCUUUGAGUAUGGCAGCUCGUGUAGAAAAAGAUGUUGUGAAGGCUCCAGGGGCUCUUGUUAUGUCGUUAUAUGCACCUUGUCCUGACAUUAGAAAGACCGUAACCCCUGAUCUAAAGUGUUCUGGAAAUUCUUUAAUUUAUGUGAAAAUGUCAGGAAAUGAAUCCUGGAAGGUCGGAGGGUCAGCCUUAGCACAAGUGUUUAAUCAAAUUGGAGAUGAUGUACCUGAUAUCGACGAUAGUGAGUUGUUUGCUCGCUCAUUUAAUGCAAUCCAAUCACUGGUCGACAAAGAAUUGUUGGAAUCUGGUCACGAUGUAUCAGACGGAGGUUUGGUAACAACAUUGCUCGAGAUGUCAUUUGCAGGCAAUCUAGGUUUCAGCGUGCAACUCAAUGAGAUGAUGAUGAAAUCAAACGACAAUGUCAUGCAUGUGUUAUUUGCUGAAGAGCCUGGUGCUAUUCUCGAAGUUUCUGAAAAGCAUAUUAAUACAGUGUUGGUAAAAUUAAAAGACAGCCAUGUUCCAUGCUUUAAAAUAGGCCACGUUACAGAAACUGGUGAGGUCGUUCUCACGGUAUGUGAUAAAACUAUCCUCAGAGAUAAGGUUAGUUUAUUGCGUAGCGUUUGGGAAGAAACAAGUUUUCAAUUAGAAUAUUUACAAUGCAAUCCGGCAUGUGUGAAAGAAGAAGAAGACGGGUUAAAAGAUAGACGUGCGCCUGUUUAUCAGAUUUCGUUUGUUCCAAAACCCGCAGUGCUGAUAGACAGUUUAUUAUACCGUCCAAAAGUAGCAGUGUUGAGAGAGGAGGGGAGUAACGGAGACAGAGAAAUGGCGUCGAGUUUGUACAUGGCUGGCUUUAAUGGGUUUGAUGUUAACAUGCAAGAUUUGUGUGGAGGAUGCAUUGAUUUCAAUGCUUUCCAGGGCCUGGUUUUUGUUGGUGGAUUUAGCUAUGCGGAUGUGUUCGGUUCGGCGAAAGGUUGGGCAGCUUCAUGUAGGUUUAAUGCAGUAGCGCAAAAGCAGUUGGAAGCGUUUCGGCAACGAGAUGAUACAUUCAGCUUAGGUGUUUGUAAUGGAUGCCAACUAAUGAGUUUACUUGGUUGGGUCGGCGGAAAAGACGGCGAGGUGGAACAGACCACUUGUUUUACCCAUAAUUUAUCUGGACGCUUUGAGUCGCGUUUUGUUAAUGUUAAAAUUACGGAGAGUCCGUCCAUCAUGUUAAAGGGGAUGGAAGGCUCAGUCAUGGGUGUUUGGGUGGCACAUGGAGAGGGAAGAAUGCAAGCACAAUCUGAAGAGCAUCUUGCGCAUUUACUGGGCAACAACUUAGCACCCAUUCGUUAUGUAAAUGAACUUGGUGAGGUAACGCAACGGUAUCCAUUAAACCCGAACGGCUCAUUGAACGGUAUUGCUGGAUUAUGUUCGUCAGAUGGUCGCCACUUGGCAAUGAUGCCGCAUCCUGAAAGAUGCACAUUAAUGUGGCAGUGGCCAUGGUUACCCAAGAAAUUUGAUUCGUCUGCUUCACCAUGGUUACAAAUGUUUCAUAAUGCAUUCGAGUGGUGUACAGAAAAUAAAAAAGGAACAUAAAAAAGAAAAAUAUUUUUAGAAAAAUGAAAAAUGUUUUAAAAAUUUCUUACAGUUCAUAUUUUUUUAAAUUUUCAAGGUUAUAAUUUUUAUAUUAGAGAUAUUCUUAUUUGCUCAUUUUUUUCCUAUUCUUUGCAAACUUCAAAUAGAAUUUUUAUAUCGAGA